AGUCGAGCCUCGAGACGCUUACCUGCCGCUUCCCCUCCGCCUGGUGCACUUGGCUACAAGGAGGGAGGACGGCGACACUCCGCGGAGUUGGAAACCGGUGCGCGCCGUCCGAGCACGGUCUUUCAGCGAACGUGGGGGCGCCUCGACGACCCCUUCCCUGAACUGUCCCCUCCCCCGCCUCCAGCCCCGCCAGGGAAAGGUGGGACGGCUCCCGGCUCUAGUUACGGAAGCGGAUCGUGCCGGGCGAGGAGGGUUCGAAAAUGCCCCGCGCGUUCCUGGUGAAGAAGCCGUGCGUCUCCACGUGCAAGAGGAACUGGAGCGAGCUCCCGGACGAGGAGCGCGGCGAGAUCUACGUGCCAGUCAGCCUGGGCUUCUGCCCACCACCACCCUACCAGGAGCCGGAACCAUCAGUGGCUGAACCCCCUUCCUGCCCCAUGGCUCUGGACAUGAGCCUGCGGGACUCUAGCUAUAGUGUGGCCCCUGGGCCCUGUGUGGUGGCCCGGCUGCCCUCUGAAGACAUGGGCCACUUGACAGACCCCCAGAGCAGAGACCAUGGCUUCCUGCGCACCAAGAUGAAGGUGACCCUGGGGGACAGUCCCAGUGGAGACCUCUUCACCUGCCACAUCUGCCAGAAGGCCUUCACCUACCAGCGCAUGCUGAAUCGCCACAUGAAGUGUCAUAAUGAUGUCAAAAGGCACCUCUGCACGUACUGUGGGAAAGGCUUCAACGACACCUUUGACCUCAAGAGACACGUCCGAACCCAUACUGGUGUGCGGCCCUACAAGUGCAGCCUGUGUGACAAGGCCUUCACCCAGCGCUGCUCCCUGGAGUCACACCUCAAGAAGAUCCACGGUGUGCAGCAGAAGUACGCGUACAAAGAGCGGCGGGCCAAACUGUAUGUGUGUGAGGAGUGUGGCUGCACGUCCGAGAGCCAGGAGGGCCAUAUCCUGCACCUGAAGGAGCACCACCCUGACAGCCCACUGCUGCGCAAGACCUCCAAGAAGGUGGCCGUGGCCCUGCAGAACACUGUCACGUCCCUCCUGCAGGGUAGCCCCCACCUCUGAGCAGCGCAAGCCCGGGGAUGCUC